AUGUCUGCCAACAACGACAACACUUCCACCAUCAAGUCCUACGUCGACUCUGCUGCUGGCGCUGCCCAGAACCUCAUCGGCUCUAUCACUGGCAACACCGGUGACCAGAAGAAGGGCGAGGCUAAGCAGGACAAGGCUGAUGUCGAGCACGAUGCUUCUCACGCUACUGCCAAGGUCCCUGGCUUCACUGCCACCGCCUCUGGCGUGACCAAGGACGACCCCGACCGUGCCAGCGGUUCCUGGAACCAGACUGUCGGCUCCGCCAAGGAGACCGUCGGUGGUCUCGUUGGCUCUGAGAACCUUAAGCAGCAAGGUCGCCAGCAGAACCUCGAGGGUCAGCAGCAGGAGGCGAAGGGCCAGCUCAACGACUACACAUCCGGUAUUGGCAGCCGUGUCCAAGGAACCGUCGGCGGUGCCGUGGCCGGUUUGACCGGCGACAAGACCGGCCAGGAGCAUUACCAAAACAUGCACGAUUCUGGCAAGACUCAGCAGCGCGGCGCUGAGCACGACAUUCAGAAGCAGGCUGAGGCUAAGCAGUAA